UCGCCCGCCAGCCUGCCAUAAGCGCUCCCGCUCCGGCCCCGCAACUACUCCUCCAAGCGCCCCGACGCCGCCGCCACGAUGCAGCUCGUCCUCCCGGCCCUCCUGCUGCUCUGCCUGUCGCAGCUGAGCCGCGGCCAGAGCCCCUCGGCCACCCCCGCCCCCGCCACCAACCAGACCAGGCCCGUUUUCCUCUGCGGCGGCGACUACAACGCCAGCAACGGCUACCUGGCCAGCGAGGGCUUCCCCGAGCACUACCCGCACGGCCAGACCUGCACCUGGACCAUCACGGUGCCCGAGGGGCAGGUGGUGAUGCUCUCCUUCCGUGUCUUCGACCUGGAACCCGACCCGAUCUGCCGCUACGACUACCUGGAGGUGUUCAACGGGCACGCAGCCCUGGAGUCGCAGCGCCUGGGCCGCUUCUGCGGGACCUUCCGCCCCGGGGCCAUCCUGGCCACCAGCCGCCGGAUGCUGCUGCGGAUGGUGUCCGACGAAGGGACCGGCGGCAGAGGCUUCCUCGUCUGGUUCAGUGGCGGCCUCCCCCACGUGGACGAAAACCAGUUCUGUGGGGGGAAGCUUGAGAAAAGCCAAGGGUCUCUCAAGACCCCCAACUGGCCUGAGAGUGACUAUCCGCCUGGCAUCAGCUGCUCCUGGCACAUCAUUGCCCCACAAGGCCAGGUGAUCGUCCUGACUUUUGGGAAGUUUGAUGUGGAGUUUGACACCUAUUGCCGAUAUGACUACGUGGCCGUCUUCAAUGGCGGGGAGCAAGACGACUCGCGCCGCGUUGGCAAAUUCUGUGGAGACAAGUCACCCAGCUCCAUCCGCUCGGAUGGCAACGAGCUUCUGAUCCAGUUUGUCUCAGAUCUGAGCGUUACGGCCGAUGGAUUUUCUGCCUCGUACGUGAUGAAGAGUCACGAUGAGCCGGUGGAUGCCACCAGGACCCAGCCCGUGAUCCCGGUUUUCCCAGGCUCCAGGCCCACGCAGACCAGCAGGAAGCCUGUGCCCCCUAAGCCCAAACCUCCCAGCAAGCCUGCAGACCGACCCAAGCCGGCUCCGCGCCCCAAGCCGACAGCCCAAGCCCGUCCUGACACUGCAGGCCCCACGACUCCCACUGCAGGUGAGGUCACCUGCCCGCAACGCUGCAAGCGGACGGGGACCCUGCAGACCAACUUCUGCGCCAGUGAUUUUGUGGUCAGCGGCACCGUCCAAGCCCUCCAGCGAAGAGAGGGGACCCGGGUCACAGCCACCGUGACGCUCAUCCACGCCUACAAGAAGGGGGCCCUGAGCCUCCCCCCGGAAGCAGCCGAAGCCGCCACUCUCCGCUUGGACGUGCCCUGCAGACAGUGCCCCAUUCUCAAGAAAGGGGCCAGCUAUGUCUUCAUGGGGAGGGUGGAGGCCGACGGAAGCGGGCAGCUGCCCCCCACCAGCUUCGUGGUGCCCCUCCGGCCGCAGCAGCAGCAGAUUCUCACCAACAUCAGCAAGCGGCCCUGCACUGGCCGAGCCAGGAGGAACCGCACCUGAGGACCCGCCCACAAGCAAAACCAUGUAACCAAUAAACAGGCAGGGAAGCAGUUCACGGACUCCAGGGUGGGGAAUGACACCUAUUGUUCUACGUUGUUCACACCCGCACCGCUGUCUUAAAGGUAUUUUUACACACA